AUGCAAUUGUCUUACGAGGACUCUUCAUCUUCCAGUUCAUUAGAGAAAGCUACUAAAAAGGAUGGAUCAGUAGAGACCAGUGCAUCCAGAGAGGGUGCUGUUGGAUGUUUGCCAGAUGACAUCUCAAUGACUGACUGUUGUACUGGAUCAUUGAGUUUUCAGGAAUUCUACAUGGAUGUCGAUAGUAGCACUCAUGAUUCACAAAAGGAAUCAGAAGACGUAUUCAAAGCUAUUUCUCCAUCUGACUUGACUUCAGUUGAAACAACUGGAUUUCAUAACAAUUCAAUUAUCUCAGAAAAUAGAAAGUCAGCCCCAGAACUGCAAACAAAUGUAGCAAGGCCACUUAAUCUUGUCAAUGUAAGUCCAUCACAUCGUGAAAAUAUAAUAUCUACCACAGCUUCAGAUAAUGAACAAUUGGUGGCUAUAAAUAAACCAGAAACCCAGACAAACCUGAAAGUAUUAUCUGAUCAACGUAGGGCAAUUGAUGCACAAAAUCAGUUUGCUAUAAUUAACCAGCAGCACCCUGGUGGUUUUUUGCCUGAAGCAACAGUUCAGAGCAGGAGAAAUAUUUCCGAAGUAAAGGAGGGAAUUGAUCCUUGUGAUGUUAGCCAGCAGUCACUCACCAUGCUUCCUGAAGAGACAGCCAAAAUAGAGAGUUCAAAAGAACAAUGUCUUAAAAGUCCCAAUGUUGAAGAAGACCAGCCCUUAGUCCAACAGCUGGAAUGUUAUACUGGUGAUAGUCCAGUACCUGGAAACAAAUCUUCAGUAGCAGUGAGACAGGGUUAUAAAACCAAAACAGUCAGUCCGUUGCAAACUGAAUUCUGUGGUGUUCAAAAUUUUGUGGAAGCUGCUGAACAUCUUGGAAAUUCUUUUUCCAAUGCUACUAGUAAUGUGGCUGGCGUGAAAUCUACCGUUUCCACAGCUCCAAGCACUACCCACAAGGCAGAUAAUGACAUUGAAAGUGAUAUACUGCCAUGUACAGGAACAAAUAACCUUUCUACACAAGAAUUUGUCAGCCUUCAUGAAGCAUUUGAAAUCAUUGAUGGCAGGAAAAAAGACACAAGGCAAUCUUUUGUGAGUGGCAGUGGUUCAGCAGAACACAAAGCAGUUCAAGUGGAAAGCAUUUCCAGUGUGACAGAAAAGGACGAUUCCGAAACCCUCAGUAUUGCACAAUUGGAGCUGUCAAAGCAUUCAACUCAGCUCGGUGUAAAUACAGGCAUGGGUCAUUUGCCAAGACAAGGAGUUAGUCUUGGUCAGAAUGAUGACCAGUGUUCUGUGAAAAAGACAGACAACUUUUCACAAAAGAAAACAAAUGAAAUAAACAGCAAUGUUAUAAUAAUUGGAGAAAAGCGGGUCAGAAGGAUUUCCGAAGAGCUUCCGCCCUCUGAGAGCCAAGUAGUCUCUCAGACUGUAAAUCCUGCAAUUAUGACUUGUACAGAAGUUCAGCAGACGGUAAAUAUGAAAGCUGCCAAUCAGUCCUCAGAUUCUGGUGUUAAGGAAAUCUCACUGCUUAAUGCUGGGACUUUAUCAGAAUCAUCGCUACCACCUCCAAUAAGCGACAUGCAGAUAAUAAAUUCAUUCUCUAAAGCUUCUGAUAAAGCUGUUUGCAACAGUGGAAUCCCAAAACCAAUACUACAGCAUCCCAGGGCUGUUCUAACAGACAAAGAAGAGGUAGAAACAAAUUACCAGCCCAUGCCUGAAGGAAAGACUGAAGCUAAACCCACUCCUAAACCCAAGUACGUGAGACCUAAAAUUAUAACAUACAUUCGGAAGCCACUUCAGGUAAAGCCACUUGAUGCUAUCCAUGAUGCUCUGGGACUAUCUCCAAAACUUUCAACUUGGACCGAAUCAAUUUCUAAACCGUGCAUUUCAAAAGAACACAAGACCUCUGUGUGUGAAAAUAAACCUCUCUCUGUGCUCAGUGUUCCUGGGUCUGCUCAUGACAGAUACAGACCAGAGUUGCAAAGAACUAGGAUAUAUACCACUGGAUUGAUGGUGUCUGGAAUCAAACCUCCUACUCAACAGACAUUUCCCAGGAUGAUGGGAAAACCAUUUCCUUCUUCCAGUGAUAUUGCAUCAAAGAAAGCAUCUGAAACAUUUACUCAGGAUAGCACUUCUGAGAUAGACACCCCUUCUCUUGGUCAAAUUAGUUCUGGACAGAAUGUGGCUUCAGUUCCAGAAGAGUGCUUCAGUCCUGCACCCCAUACAGCUGUUUCUAGGCUACCCAAAACUCUCAGGCCACCAUUAGGUCUAGGUGCAAUCUCGAGACUUCCUGCAGCAAAAAGCAGACUUGCAUUGCAAAGCCAGAGAACAUCGCUAAAUUCCAGUGCACUUCAAAUUCAAGGGCAAGUUGGCCAGGAUAUUGCAGUGGACCAGAAGAAAAAUACUAUCCCAAUUGUCCAAAGAUCAAGUCUCCCGAAAUAUCCCGGGCAUUCUGGACUCCGUGCUCCUGGUUACUCGCGACUGCCAGCCGCUAAACUCGUGGCUUUCGGAUUUGUUCGGAGUUCAAGUGUGUCAUCAGUGUCCAGCAACCAGUCAAAUGACAGCGCUCAUAGUGACCACAGCAAAACUGCAAAUCGUUCCAACAGUGGAAGUGAAGAGAAGGUCAAUUUAAAGACAGGAUUCCCAGUCAGCGAUGUUUCCAAAAGGACUGGGAAGGUUGGACGGCAGCCUUCGAGCAGUUCAACAACAACUUGCUGGAGUCUACUUCCUACAUCGAAAUCCACACCUGCAAGCACAGGGAAGAAAGAAGUUCACAAGGAUCACGAUGUUCCAAAACCUGUGACUUCAUCACCCAAAAGGCAUGUCACACCUGCCAGCAAGCUUCACCCAGCAGGGAUAGGCAAGCUAAGAGGUGCUGCAGGUGUUACAAGAAAUGGAUUUUCCACAAAGACUGACCUCCAGUCUCGAGAGACUGAACGGCAGACUGUCCAGCGUCUCAAGGACAAAUGUAAGAAGCAGGCCAAGCAGCUACAAUCUCUUCAUGAUCAACUACAAAGAGCAAGCCUUAGCAUUGAGGUUCUUGCUGUCACUACACAGCAUUUCCAUCACAAAAAUGAAAGUGCCCUUAUCAAAGAGAAAGAACUGUCCAUUGAGCUUGCUCAUAUCAGAGAGGAAGUAGCCCUUAAUACAACACGAUGUGAAAAGCUGCAAAAGGAGAAGGAGGAGCUGGAGAGGAGGUUUGAGAACGAGCUACAGAGGCUACAUCUGCAACAACAAAAGGAGAUCCUAGAUCUUGAAGAAAGACUGAAGGCUCAUCAUGCUGCAGAAAAAGAGCGUCUCAUCGAGGAACACAGGGAACACCUCAAGAAAAUUCAGUCUCAGCACAAGGAACAGAUGGAAGAUUUGGCAGCUGCCCAUAACAGUGCCAUCACAGAAAUGGAGAACAAUCAGACUGUUACAAUAACUAUUCUGCAAGACGAACAUGAAAAGAAAAUUGAAGAGCUAAAAGCCAUCCAUGAAUUGGAGAGAUCGGCAUUGGAAGAAGAGUUUGAAAAACUAAGACUUUCUCUUCAGGAUCAAGUUGACACGUUAACAUUUCAGAAUCAUUCACUGAAGGACAAAGCAAAACGAUUUGAAGAGGCCUUAAGGAGAAGUACAAAUGAGCAAGUUGAGAUUGCCUUGGCACCAUACCAGCACCUGGAGGAAGAUAUGAACAGUCUGAAACAUGUUCUUGAAAUGAAAAAUCAACAAAUCCAUCAUCAGGAAAAGAAAAUUAUUGGAUUAGAAAAACUGGCCGAGAAGAACGUGGUAUUAGAAGAAAAGGUUCAAAUUCUUCAGCAACAGAAUGAAGACCUGAAAGCCAGAAUCGACAACAAUGUUGCCUUAACAAGACAACUCUCUGAGGAAAAUGCAACGCUGCAUGAAUAUGUUGAAAAGGAAAGCAAGGAAAUGAAAAGACUCAGCCGAACAAACGAGGAGCUGGUCUGGAGACUCCAGACGGGAGAACCUGUCAGUCCAGUCAAAAUGUCCUCCUCAUCUUCAAAUUUCCAGUCUUCUCAGGGCACACUUUUUCCAUCAGCAGUGAGUGCUAACCCAAGAUGA